UCUCAAUGCUACACACCACAUCACCUAGCGCAGACGUUUCCUUCCGCCGCUAUCCUCCAUCCCAGUCCCAGACAGAAAACACGAGCCUGCAGGUAAACAUGAGCUUCACAGUGGAACAGAGGGGAUCCCUCAACGCCCUGAACUUCCGCCUGUUCUUCAAAAAUGCAGACGGAAAGUACAUCUCACCAUUCCAUGACAUACCGAUAUAUGCUGAUGAGAGUCAGAACAUCUUUCACAUGGUUGUUGAAGUACCAAGAUGGACGAAUGCAAAGAUGGAGAUCGCUACAAAAGACCUCUUAAACCCGAUAAAGCAAGAUGUGAAGAAGGGCAAGUUGCGCUAUGUUGCCAAUGUUUUCCCACAUAAAGGCUACAUAUGGAACUACGGAGCCAUUCCUCAGACAUGGGAAGAUCCAGCACACAAAGAUGGAGACACCGACUGCUGUGGUGACAAUGACCCCAUCGAUGUCUGUGAAAUCGGCAGUAAGGUGUGUUCCCGUGGGGAGGUAAUCAAAGUGAAGGUGCUCGGGAUCCUGGCCAUGAUUGAUGAGGGUGAGACUGAUUGGAAGGUGAUUGCAAUCAACGUAGAAGAUCCUGAAGCCAACGACUUAAACAACAUCAGUGACGUCCAGCGCCUGAAACCAGGCUAUCUGGAGGCCACAGUCGACUGGUUCAGGAGGUACAAAGUGCCAGAUGGGAAACCAGAGAACCGGUUUGCUUUCAAUGAGGAGUUCAAAGACAAGGACUUUGCGAUUGAAGUAAUCAAGGCCACUCACAACUUCUGGAAAGCCCUCAUUUCCCAAAAGGCCAAAGCUGGUGAACUGAACUGCAAAAACACGUGUGUCUCGGCCAGCGACAGCCCUUUCUGCUGCUCAGCAGAUGAGGCUAAAGCUGUUGUUGAAGCGUGUCCUUGUGGAAAAGAUGAAGAUAUCCCCUCAUCAGUAGAUAAAUGGUUCUACUAUGAGAAGAAGUAAUCCGGGAGCUGUUUGGAUUGGAGCAGAGGGAAAGGCUCAUCUCUCAGGAAUACAUGAAGAUGGUCUUAUAUUAGGAACCAAUGGGAUGGCAGGAUGGGGACAUGGAUGAUUGGGUCUGGGUCAGCUGUUUUCCUGUAGAUGGAGAGAUAGUGGUUAGAUUCAAUAGAGAAAGUCCAAAAAAAAUCUCUCAUGUCUUGACCAAUGGAUUUUCACUUGCUUAUGAAAAAAUCUCUUUGGAGAUGUGCUACCAUGAACAAAGUAACAGGUACUGUGCCUCAUAGAUACUUGCAUCCUGUGUGAGACUCUGAACUGCUUUAAUAAAGCUUCUCUGGUUAAAUUA